AUGGGCAAGAUGGCAGCCAGUGAAGUGGUUGCAGGAGUGAUCUUCUUAUCACAGAUUUUGAUUGGAGUUCUGGGCAAUUCCUCUCUUCUCUAUCAUUAUCUCUUCCUUUACUUCACUGGGUGCAGAUUAAAGUGCACAGAUCUUACUCUUAAGCACUUGAUUGUUGCCAACCUCCUAACUCUCCUGUGUAGAGGAGUGUCCCACACCAUGGAAGCAUUUGGUUGGCAAGUUUCCCUUGGUAAUGUGGGCUGCAAGCUACUCUUCUAUUUCCACAGAGUGGGUAGGGGAGGGACCAUCGGCAUCAUCUGUUUCCUGAGUGUUUUCCAGGCCAUCACCAUCAGCCCAAGGAACUCCAAAUGGGCAGAGCUUAAACUGAAGGCUUCCAAGUAUUUUGGCUCAACCUUGUGCCUCAUCUGGGUCCUGUACAGCCUUGUAAAUGUUAUUUUUCUUAUGUACAUGACUGGAACUUGGAACAAGGAAAAUCACACAGGCCUAAAAUAUUAUGGGUACUGUUCUAGUGUUCGUCACGACAAAACUUCAGAGUCAUUACAUGCAGCCCUGCUGUCCCUCCCUGAUGCUUUAUGUGUGGGGCUCAUGAUCGGCACCAGCAGCUCUAUGGUUUCUGUCCUGUACAGGCACAGGCAGAAGAUGAGACAUAUCCACAAGACUAAUGUGAGCCCCAGAUCUUCUCCUGAGUCCAGAGCAACAAAACACGUCCUUCUUUUGGUCAGCUCCUAUGUCUGUUUUUACACUCUCUCCUGCAUCUUUCAAGUUUGUUUGUCUCUUAUUUAUAAUCCCACCUCUUUCCUGGUGAACAUAUCUUCAAUAGUUGCUGGGUUUUUCCCAGCUGUCAGCCCUCUUCUGCUCUUGAGAUGUGAAUCCAGAGUAUCCAUGUUCUGCUUUGCCUGUGUAAGGAAUGGAAAAGCCCCUAUUCAUAUGACAAAUUCAUAA